GUCUUCGAAGGGCAGCUGUACUUCUCCUCUUCCACUAACUCCACAAGGCUGCUCAUGCGCAGCAAUGGGACCUCCACCGAGCUGGUGCCUCCAGGCAUCGAAGAUGCGCGGGGCUUCCGCGAGCAUGAGGGGCGCCUUACAUUCUUCGGCGCUUCAGGUGCAGCCGAGGGGCUCUGGGCGCUCCGGAGCUGUGGACCCGGUGACGGCAGCGCUGAGCUCCUUCAUGUUUCGGCUGGCAGUGAGCACCUGCGGUCCCUUCCGCAGCGAGACGCUUCACCAGGUGAAUCUAAGCGAGGUACCGGUCCAGCAAGAUGGCCAAGAAUGCGCCAGCCUGGCUGCAGGCAUGGAGUUGAGGCCCAGCACUUCUCGGCUCCUGGGUGUCCUGUUGCUCGGAGUCCUCCCGCAGACGGGUUUGGGUGCCUGGCUUUUGCUUCGCAAGCGGGUGGCCGGGGCCUUCGUGAACCUAUUUACCGGACUCUAUGCGACGGUGCUGCUGAUCCACCUCCUGAUGCAGGGCCGCCUCGUCAACCUGCUCUUCUUCCUGCAGGCGUCGUCCCUGACCUAUGCGGCAAGUACCUGCCUAGCCGUCGCAGCCAACCGGGCAGCCUGGAGUGUUCCGAGCUCCGUUCGCUCCUUCUCAGCUGCCUUGGGAAGCUGGGCAUCUCACGCGGCGUGCCUCUCCAUCUCCGCAGCGUUCGCGCUGGCGCUGCCGGAGCCCUGGGCCGCUGUCGCUGCCACCGUGCUCCUAGCGGUCUUGGCACCCUUGGAUCCCGUGGCUGCCAGGCUGGCCGCCGUCAGCUUCCUGGUGCUGAUCUCGCAGGUGGAGGCCAGUGCUUCGGACCCAGGUUUACCUGAGUCUCUGGAGUCCAUCUUCCCGUCGAGGCUUCUAUUCUACCUGCUGGGGACGCUCGUGCUCCUUGCGGAGGAGGCCUAUGCAAGUUUUGAGGCAAGUCCCAAGGAGACAGAAAUGGCGGAAGAGCCCAUGCUGGAGCCUGAGGAGGACCAGCGCCAAACCUGGAUGCUUCUGCAGGCAAUGCCAUUACAGCAGCUGCUGGUGCUACAGAGGACGCACCUCCAGAACAGCGGCAACGCGUCGUACAAGGCUGGCGAGGGCGAGGAGGAGUGCUGA